CUGUAUUGAGUUUGACGUAGUUAUAUGACUGUUCAUAGAGAUUUUAUGUUUGAACGUAAUUUUAGAUUGCCUAAUCGAAUAAGACAUCAAACAUGAAUACUGACGAAAAUAUAGUUAUAUCAGGAAUAUCAGGACGCUUUCCAGAAUGUCACAAUAUUGAGGAAUUCAAAGAAGCUUUAUUAAGAGGCGAUGAUCUAAUGACUGCUAAUAAUGGGCGGUUUCCAGCAGGAUUCAAAGGCUUACCAAAACGACAAGGAAAAGUACCUGAUAUAGACAAAUUUGAUGCCACCUUUUUUGGAUUUCACUCGAAGCAGGCUCACUUUACAGAUCCAAGACAAAGGAUUCUUCUUGAAACAGCUUAUGAAGCUAUCAUAGAUGCUGGUUAUAAUCCAAGUGAAUUAAGAGGAAGCAAAACAGGCGUCUUCAUUGGAUUAUCACUUUUUACUAACUUUACUGAAUUAAUUGAGGAGGAUAACUAUGGGUAUUCAAUCCUAGGAGCAAGUCACGUUAGCGCAGCUAACAGAAUAUCUUAUUGUUUCGAUUUCAAUGGACCAAGUUACGCUCUGGAUACAGGAUGCUCUAGCUCUUUGUAUGCUUUUACACAAGCGGUGGAUCUCCUUAAAAAAGGAGAAAUAACAUAUGCUAUUGUGGGUGGUACACAGUUAGGUCUCCAUCCUCAAGAAAGCCUGCAAUUCCACAAGUUGAAUAUGCUUUCUCCUGAGGGAAAGUGUAAAGUUUUUAACAAGGAAAGGAACGGCUUUGCGAGAUCAGAGGCUAUUUGCUGCUACUUUUUACAAAAAAGUAAAUAUAGUAGAAGAAGGUAUGCUGAAGUAUUGGGAGCUAAAGUUAAUACUAAUGGAUAUGUUAAAGAAGGAUAUACUGUACCGUAUGCGAAAAUGCAGCUUAAGCUUAUGCAAGAGUUAUAUCAAGAAAGUAAUGUUGACAUUGAAGAUGUAGCUUACGUCGAAAUGCACGGAACAGGUAGCAGAAUAGGUGACAUAAUCGAAUGUCAGUCAAUAGUCGACAUGUUUUGUCAAAACAGAAAGAAAUCAUUAUUAGUUGGCAGCGUUAAAUCAAACAUGGGUCAUGGUGAAACAGUUUCGGGUUUAGCCGCUAUUACUAAGGUAUUAUUAGCAAUGGAAACUGGAAUUAUACCUGGUAAUUUACACUUUCAUCCAAUUGAUAAAAGCUUACCAGGCAUCGGAGAUAAAAAAUUACAGAUUGUAACCAAUAAUACUUUCUGGAAACCAGGUAUAGUGGGGAUAAACUCAUUUGGAUUUGGUGGCGCUAACGCACAUGUUAUUCUUAAACCUGUCAGAGAAAGUAAGAAAAAGCUGGUAGUUAAUCGUAAACAUCGGUUAGUACAAGUUUCUGGACGCACCGAAGAGGGCGUAGAUUAUUUUCUAAAACAAAUUCAUGCAAAUCAAAAUGAUGAAGGCUUUCUGAGCUUGAUUGAUGAAAUUCACAAAUGCAACAUUGAAGGACAUCAUUUUAGAGGGUACACAGUUAUGGGACAAAACACUAUACAAGAAAUAACAACGUACAAGUCUGGGAAGAGACCCAUUUGGUUCAUAUAUUCUGGGAUGGGUUCGCACUGGCCCGGUAUGGGAAAAGAUUUGAUGAAUAUCGAACCAUUUAAAAACACAUUUAAUCGUUGUGCAGAAGCUGUUAAGCCAUACGGAGUGGACCUGAUAGAUGUUAUUAUGAGUUCAUCUCCAUCAAAACUUGAAAACCUUGGAAAUUGUUUCACUGCUAUUGUAGCCAUAGAUAUAUCUUUAACGGACCUAUUAACAUCUUUAGGAAUUAAACCAGAUUUUUUUGCAGGACAUUCUUUGGGUGAAGUAGGUUGUGCAUAUGCUAACGGCGACUUGACUGCAGAACAAGCAGUAUUAUUGGCAUAUUCGAAACACUAUGCAGUUAGCAAACAGGAACUUCCUCUUGGACAAAUGGCUGCUGUUGGUCUUUCUGCAAAUGAAAUACGAAAAUGUCUUCCUAAUGAUAUUUACAUAGCUUGUGACAAUGGAAGAAACAGUGUGACGAUAUCUGGACCUGAACAAUCCGUAAAAGAUUUUAUAGAAAAACUAACAAAACAAGGAGUAUUUGCUAGAUUUGUUUAUACAGGGCAAAUUGCUUUUCAUUCUAAAUAUUUAAUGGAUUCCGAUAAACAUUUGCUAGAGUUUGUUCAAAAAGUGAUUCCUUAUCCACAACCAAGAUCGGAAAAAUGGAUAACCUCUUCAGUUCAGCCAGAGAAAAGCGAUGAGGAUUGGACCAAAUAUAAUUGCGCUGAAUAUCAUACCAAUAACUACAAGAGCACUGUUCAAUUUAAUAGAAUUUAUAAUUGUAUUCAAUCGAAUGCUAUCGUUGUGGAAAUAGCACCUCAUGGAAUAAUGCAAUCUAUUAUGAAGAAAGAAUUAGGUCCUGAAAAUACUCUUAUUAGUCUAUUAGAUAAAAAUGUUAAAGACCAGGCAGAAUGUCUCUUAACAUCAAUCGGAAGAAUAUUUAACGCUGGUGGCCAACCAAACCUUCGCAAUCUCUACAACGAAACUAGCUUUCCGGUAAACUCGUGUACCAAAAUGUUGGCACCUUUGGUGAAGUGGGAUCACAACACUACGUGGUUCGUACCAUAUUGGAAGAACAAAGAUUCUUUUGGACAAACUGUUAGAAUAAAUCUUUCUGACGAAAAAUACUCUUAUUUGAAGGGACACAACAUAGAUGGGAAAGUAGUAAUGCCUGCUACAGGUUAUUUGGAAAUGGUAUGGAAAGUGAGAGCGGAGAUGAGUUUAACGAACUUCGAAGAUUUACCAAUUGUCUUUGAGAACGUAGCAUUCAAAAGAACUGUUACAUUAUCUGAAGACGGAAAUAUCGAAUUUCUUAUUAACAUCAUGAAGGAAACUGGCUAUUUCGAAAUAUAUCAAUCUGGAUCGCUUGUAGUGGUAGGAACCAUUCGAGUAAUUUCAGAUGCAAAUAAGGAAUUUAAAAUUAAACGCAUUGAAACUGCUAUCAAACCACAAAUGGGUAAUUAUUUUUUAUAUUAG